AUGUCGCCUGAAGAAGCGCGAACGCACUGCGAACCUGGUGCACGAAUCCGAAAGCUUGGAGGCGCAGAACAUCGACCUGAAACAGCAGAUGCAGCAAUUGCAGAGCCAGAAACAGUCUUUGAUAGAUAUUCUCAGCGUGCACAGGCCUUUGUGCAGGCAUAA